AAUGAAAUACUCUGUGUCUCCAGUUGUCAGAGUUGCUGUUUAACCAAAAAAUCCAGGAGAUUUACCAAAAUUAGUCGAUGGAUUAAAGAAAUUAUCAAAAUCAGAUCCAUUAGUAUUAUGUACAACAGAAGAAUCUUGAU